CUCUCUCUCUCUCUCUCUGACUCUGUUCGUGAGCGGGUGUUACUGAACAUACAGUGAGUGUUAGUACGAGCCAGUGAGACAUCUGUAUUAAACCAGAGGCUCAAUUAAAGAGAGCUUUCAAGUUGCCUUAGGUAAGCUCACCUGAAGACUGAAAUCAUCUCUGAGAGUAAGACAUGGACUGUCACAACGAGGAGUGCAGCCGGCCCCAGGAAGAGGAGGACAUCAUGGACAUCCCCCUGGACGACCCCGAGGCCAACAGGGCUGCUGCAAAGAUCCAGGCUGGUUUCCGUGGCCACAUGACCCGCAAGAAGAUGAAGCCCGAGGACAAAGCGGAAGGGGAGGAGGUGAGCAGCACCGGGGAUGUGCUCAACGGCAGCGAGGGGGACACAGAGGCAGGAGGAUCGGGGGCAGUAGAGAGAGACGACACAUCUGUGCCAGAGCAGUGACGCCCCUGUUCUGACCUGGAUGGAGAGAGAGAGGGAGGCGGAGCGAGGUAGCGGGGGAUGGCUGGCACGGGCUGGAUUGGGAUGGCUUUCAGGCGAGCCUUUUUACCCCGGAAGUCCUUUUCUUUCUUUCUUUCUUUUUUUUUUUUUUAACGCACACUAGCGUCAGGAAAUGAACCGACCGUUUUCAGGGUGUGUUAUGUAAACUUUGUGAACUUUAACACUCCUUCUCUUCUUCUUCAGUCUCAUCGGUGCGGAUGUCUUUGACCCAGAAUUUGCAACUCACUGCAUGUACUUGUGAAACUUCUGGUAGUGUGCUAGUUUUUAGAUGAUGAUGAUCUGUGAAUGUGAAAACGAAUGUCCUCUAAACGCUAAACCGGGCUUUUUUGGGAUGGAUCAGCUCAUACCAUCUGUGUAUACAUCUUGUACGCAUCAUAAUUAGAAUUAGACUUUGAGAAUUCUGUGGCUUAAAUUAUUUAUUUUUGCAUGGUUUACAAAGUGCUUGUAUCUUGACUAUCAUUCACCUAUUUUACUUUCUUACAAGAAAAAUUUAAAAAUAUAUAUAUGUUCUAUUUAUUCUGAGACACGUAAGUCAGACUGCAGUUGCCUCGAUUAUCUUAAGAUAAGAAGGUUUUCUUUUCACCUUUUCAAACAUUUUCUACAAAUCUGAUCUUCCAGAAGUAGGCAUGCAGUGAUUCAACUUUUUUUCCAGACGCUUUACUUUAUGAGACAUUGCUUCAUAUGUGCUGUGGUUGUGUUGGUGGGUUCGACUUGUUUGACAUGUUGAAUCAGGUGUUUGAAACCCUAUUAUCAGAGUCUACCCAGCUGUCUUUAAAACUCAUUUAUUAGUACUGAACUUUGCUGUGGAGUCCUGUCAUUACACUAAUAAAUCCACCUGAAAUGUA